GAAGCAGCAGCAGGGGACGUCGUCGUCAUCGUCAUCACCAGCACACACAGCACACCUUAAUUUUUUUUUAACCGCAUGCCACCACUGCCACCCCAGUUGCUCCACCGCCUGGGGGCCAAGCGCGUCCUGCGUCAUGGCCCGAGGUUCUCAACCAUCUCGACGCCGCGGCUCGACACUGUGACCGUGCCUGCCCGAUCCAAUGGCCUGGUGCAACUGAGCAUCCUUCAGGCUCCAGCACCACGCUCGCCUUCUCCUCUGCUGCUCUACCUGCCCGCCGGUCCUCUCUUCCCUCCUGUUGGCCUGCCACCACCGCAUCACGAGAACGAUGUUGCCGCCGCCCUGUCCGCCUCUGCCAAUGCCACCGUAGUGUGCGUCCACUAUCGCCUGGACAACGACCAACACCAGUACCCCACGCCGAUCCACGAUGUCUUGACCGCGUACGACUGGGUUCUGGAAAACUUUGCGCCCACCUUGGCUGCGCGGCCACGGCUGCGAUCGCUGCAGCUCGGCGUGUGCGGCGAGCUGGUGGGCGGCGGUCUAGCAACGAUGCUGGCCCUGACCGAAUGCCGCAUGGGAAAGAACCGCGUCGCCGCCGCGGCCGUGAACAACCCCAUUGUGAACUGGAUCUUCCCCACGGACCUGCUGGACGCGGCCGAGUACACCAGCCGGCUCGGCGACGUGGAGCUCUUCGCCAACGACGAACAUGUCGACGCCGACGUGCAGGCCGGAGAUGUCGCGCUCGCCAAGACGUCCUGGGGCAAGUACCGCGACAACCCCGCGCUACCGGUAGCGGCGCUCACCCGCGCGCGCAAGGCCUUCUUCAGCACCCCAGACGGGUACUUUGACCGGUUCGCGUCGCCGAUCCACUUCUUCCGCACGCCAGAGAUCGGCGAGGUGAUUCGGCAGGGGUACGACGAGGACGACGACCUCGCCGGCUUCGAGAUGCCCCGCCUAGGCGCCGAGUCACCCACCAGCUUCCGCGAGCCUGGCGCCCCGGUCUUCGAGAAGCGCAGGCGCGCACGCCGCCUCUUCCCCCCCACGGGCGGAGGUCUGCGCUUGCCUCCUAUGCGCGUCAGCGUGGGCGCGCACGCCAUCCUGCACGACCAGGGCCAGGAGCUGGUGAAGCUGAUGCGGCGCAGCAUCUCGCGCGACGAGAAGAGCGACAUCGAAGCCGAGCUCCGCGUGCGCUUCGCACCGAAGGCCGGGGCGGGGCUGUGGACGGGGCCGGCGCGCGCGUCUAAUUGGCGCAUGGAGGUCGAGGCGCUGGGGCGCUGGUUCCGCAGCACGCUCGCUUGAUGGGAUGAUGUGCGCCGUUGACGCGAGCGCGCCGUAACGCCAACUAACUACCCUAACCGCACCCGUCUUUUUCUCGGUCGUGGUGAUGUUGGUUGCGCGGCCUGGCGGGCGUGCUUGCCGAGCG